UUCUCUAUUUCUCAGGUUUGCAUAAUGAAUGCAUAAAUUUUGUUUGGAUAAUUUGAUGCAUACAACGGCUUACGGAAGUAAAUAAAUUGUUGGCAUAUUUAAAAUCUAUACCGCUAGAAACAUUCCAUAUAUAAUAUAUUAUAUAUACUAAAGUUAUUAGUAUAUAGAAUUAACUAAAUAUAAAAACACAAGAUGAGGCGGCAGAUAUGUACGCUGACCGUCCUUUUGGUGGCCGUUUUAGGCAGUACCACAGCUUUAAUUAACUCACCGCCUCGCAUUAUUAAACAACCACCAACUGAUGAAUUACUAUUUAAAGUGGCACAACAAAGUAAAGAAAGUGAUAAACCAUUUAUAAUUGAAUGCGAAGCUGAAGGACAACCUGACCCAACUUACCGAUGGGUUAAGAACGGCAAAAAAUUUGAUUGGCAAGCAUACGAUAACCGAAUGCUACAACAACCAGGACGUGGUACUCUUGUGAUAACCUCGCCUAAAGAUGAAGAUUUGGGUCAAUAUCAAUGUUUCGCUGAAAAUGAAUUUGGUAUUGCCACUUCCAAUUCGGUAUUUGUGCGAAAAGCAGAAUUAAAUGCUUUCAAGGACGAAGCUGCUAAAACGCUUGAAGCAAACGAAGGUGAACCUUUCAACUUACAAUGUGAAGCACCUGAUGGUUGGCCAAAACCAAUUGUGAACUGGUUGAUACAACAAUCUGUCGAUGGAGGUAUCAAAUCCAUUAAUAAUUCUCGUAUGACUUUGGAUCCUGAGGGUACACUUUGGUUCUCAAACGUGACACGUGAUGACGCUUCAGAAGAUUUUUACUAUACAUGUUCAGCAACUUCAGUUUUCCGUAAUGAAUACAAAAUUGGCAAUAGGAUUUUACUCGAUGUUAAACAAACAGGCAUUAGCGCUUCCCAAAAUAAGUUUGCACCAAAGCGACAAUAUGUAACUCGUAAGAAUGAAGUGGCAUUACGUGGUAAAAGAGUUGAGUUGUACUGUAUAUUCGGUGGGACACCAUUACCGCAAACGGUUUGGCGAAAGAAUGGAGAACCGAUUAAAUGGAGUGAUCGAAUAACACAAGGUAAUUACGGUAAAUCUUUAGUUAUACGACAUGCCGUGUUUGAGGAUGUUGGCUCAUAUACUUGUGACGUUUCUAACGGUGUUGGAAAUGCUCAAUCAUAUUCAAUCAACUUGCAAAUUCUCGCCACUCCAUACUUCAAGAAGGAACCUGAGACACAAAAUGCUGCUGAAGAUGAAACUGUUGAAUUCCGUUGUGAAGCAGCUGGUAAUCCCGAUCCUACAAUUCAGUGGAUACACAAUGGCAAACCAAUUGGUCUUGCACCGCCAAAUCCUCGUCGCACAGUACAAAACAACCGCAUUAUUAUACGUGAUUUAGUUAAGAGCGAUACUGGCAAUUACGGUUGUAACGCUACAAAUUCGCUUGGAUAUGUUUACAAGGAUGUGUACUUGAAUGUGUUGGCAUUGCCUCCAGAAAUACAAGAACCUCCACGUAAGGAAGCUACUGUAGAUGGUAAAAAUAUAACAAUGCGCUGUCGAGUUUUUGGAGCACCUAAACCACAAGUUAAAUGGAUACGAAAUGGCUUAGAACUGACAGGCGGUCGUUACACAGUACUUCCAUCUGGAGAUUUAGAGGUGCAACAAGUUAGUUUCAGUGAUGAAGGCGCUUAUACUUGUUAUGCUGUGAAUAAAUUUGGUAGCAAAACUGCAAAUGGCUCACUGAUAGUAAAGGAACACACGCGCAUCACCCAAGAACCACAAAAUUAUGAAGUUGCUGCUGGUUCCUCUGCAACAUUUCGCUGUAAUGAAGCUCAUGAUGACACACUCGAUCUUGAAAUAGAAUGGCACAAAGAUGGUCAGGCAAUUGAUUUUGAGGCUGAAGCGCGGUUUGUAAAAACAAACGAUAAUUCUCUUACUAUCGCCAAAACUGUGGAAUUAGAUUCUGGUGAAUAUACUUGUGUCGCACGUACUGAACUCGACGAAGCAUCAGCUAAAGCCAAUUUAAUUGUACAAGAUGUGCCAAAUGCUCCACGACUAACUGGUAUACAUUGUAUGAAUGAUAAAGCAGAAAUAACCUGGGAGCCACAGGGAGAUAAUCGUUCACCCAUUUUACACUAUACAAUUCAGUUUAAUACUUCAUUCACACCUGCUUCUUGGGAUAUUGCUUAUGAAAAAGUACCACCAACAGAUGUGUCGUUUACAAUUGAUAUGUCUCCAUGGGCUAACUACACCUUCCGUGUUAUCGCUUAUAAUAGAAUAGGUGCAUCACCCCCAUCAGAACAUAGCGAACCUUGUUCCACAGAACCAGAUGUACCAUUCAAAAAUCCAGAUAAUGUUGUCGGUCAGGGUACUGAACCUGAUAAUCUUGUUAUAUCUUGGACUCCAAUGCCAGAAAUUGAACAUAAUGCACCAAAUUUUCAAUAUCGCGUGUCAUGGAAACGGGACAUACCAGCGCAACUUUGGGAGAACCGAAAUAUUUUUGAGUGGCAACAAAAUAACGUUGUGAUCACUAAUCAGCCAACAUUUGUGCGAUAUUUGAUUAAGGUAGUUGCCAUAAAUCAAAAAGGAGAAUCUAAUGUUGCUGCUGAAGAAAUAGUUGGAUAUUCAGGCGAAGAUCGUCCCUUGGAAGCACCAACAAACUUUAGUAUGAUUCAAGUAACAAGCGCAACAUCAGCAAUACUUGGCUGGAAUCCAGUGACACCCGAAUCUGUCCGAGGGCAUUUCAAAGGCUAUAAAAUCCAAACAUGGACUGAAGUUGAAGGAGAAGAAGCGCUACGUGAAAUACAUGUUAAAGGCGAUUCAAAUCAAGCAUUGGUAACGCAGUUCAAACCGGAUUCUAAAAAUUUUGCACGUGUGCUUGCUUAUAAUGGCCGAUUCAAUGGACCUCCUAGUGCAGUGAUUGAUUUCGAUACGCCUGAAGGUGUACCUUCACCAGUACAAUCUUUAGAAGCAUAUCCUUUGGGUUCAUCUGCAUUUUGGUUAACAUGGAAGAAACCAUUAAAUCCAAAUGGUAAGCUUACAGGUUAUAAAAUCUAUUACGAAGAGGUGAAGGGCAGCUAUGUUGGCGAACGACGUGAACACGAUCCACAUAUAACCGAUCCGCGCAUUACACGCAUGAAAAUGGCUGGUGUAAAGCCCAAUACAAAAUACAGGAUUUCAAUAACUGCUACAACUAAAAUGGGUGAAGGCACAGAACAUUUUAUUGAGCGUAGAACUUUAGCAGAAGACUCACAAGAACCGGCUGUGCCAGCAUUUGCUUGGCAACAAGAGCCAACUAAUAACGGUUUAGCUAAAUUCCGUAUAAAUUGGUUGCCAAAUACAUCUGGUCAUGCUGGUACACACUUCUAUACACAAUAUAGAAUUAAGGGCGAAACGGAAUGGACAGAUGCACCUCCAGAGAUAAAUAGAGACUAUCAGGAAAUAGCAGGUCUUAAUCGUGAUACUGUUUACGAAUUCCGUGUUGUUUCAGUAGACGGUCAUUACUCUACUGAAAGUGCUACACAAGAAAUCGAUACAAAUGGUGUAGAAGGACCCCUUAAAGUACCAAAUGAGAAUGAGAAUGUUGCAAAUGCUGGUUGGUUCAUUGGCAUGAUGCUGGCAUUAGCAUUUAUCAUUAUCUUAUUCAUCAUCAUUUGUAUUAUACGUCGUAAUCGUGGUGGCAAAUACGAUGUGCAUGACCGUGAAUUGGCUAACGGCAGACGCGACUAUCCGGAUGAAGGAGGUUUCCAUGAAUACUCACAACCAUUGGAUAAUAAGAGCGCUGGUCGCCAAUCCGUAAGUUCUAGUAACAAAGCCGGUGUGGAAAGCGAUACCGAUUCAAUGGCAGAAUAUGGUGAUGGUGAUACAGGCAUGAAUGAGGAUGGCUCAUUUAUAGGCCAAUAUGGACGUAAAGGACUUUAAAAUACUACAUAGCAUCGAAUCUAAGAAACACCAUAAACUCUACAGCAUUAAUAAAAAAAUAAGUUUAACUGCCAAUAAAUGUUUAUAAUGUAUGUUAUCUAUCACCAACGAAGCUUUCAAAAGUGCCACAACAAAUCUAAUUUCAAAAAUUUGUUGUUGUAAAUGCGCGGUUUAAAUUUAAACUUUUUUAAUUUUAGUUUUAAUUUGCUUAAAAUAUAAUUUUUAAUUUGUUUAGUUAUAUUGUUAAUUUUAAAUUCGUUUAUUAUUUUUUUAUGUCUUUUCUAUAUUCAUUUAUCAAGAAUCGUCUCUCUUUUUAUAUAUGCAUAAAUGUAGAUUUAUAAUUGUAAGUAAUAAACUUUUGUUUUUGUAAUAAUGUAAAUUAAACUCAAUGAUUAAGAUAUUUCGUACCUAUUCGUAUUAAAAAAAAGCAUUAUUAAAAG